AUGUUUCGGCAGCAUUCUUCAGUGUCACAGCCUUCACAUUCGCCGUCAACUUCCCAGCCAUACUUCUCUAGGAUACUUUUGCCGAAAGAGUCUAGUAAUGGUGCAGUUAAUCAUUCACGAAGAAGACAUUCUGUUCUAAAUGGUUCAAGUUCAAACUCAUCUGAACGUUCAAAGCAGUCAUACGUUUCGGCCUAUUUUUCUAGUGAUCAGGAUACACGAAAAGGUUCACCAAGUUAUAUGCCAACUAUCUUCAACUUUCAGCCUGUAAAUGAUUAUCAUUCUCCAGCACUUAGACGUCGCAUUAUUCGAGCUGAAAGCACAAAGACAAGUCUAAUUGGAGCACCUGAGCCUCCGAAUUCUAAUGUCACUAUUCAGCGUGGUUUACAGGUCUUUGGGUCAAAGAGGCGUCUUCGUGAACCUGUGACCGCUAACGCAGAAGAAUCAACUCAUGGUGGAUUUGAUUUUGCAAGUUCUAAACGUCGACGAACCUCUGGUACAUUCGACAUAUCUACCCUAGGUUGUACAACCGAUAUUGAUGGCUUUUCCUUCACAUCACUGCGUCAAUUAAAAAACGAAGUCGUCAUCAGGAAUGUUCAUUCAGAUGCUAGCAUAGUCUCUCAUGAAAACAGUGGUCAGAAUAGUAAAUGUGUCCAAACUCAAGAGGUUAAUGAAUGUGGAGAUAAGAAACGGAAACAGGUAUUCUUUUCACAGGGUAUGUAG